AUGACUGAACUAAGCACACAAGUGAAAAACUCUCUCAAUGUCACCACCCCAGGCAUCCGGAUAUGGAGGAUUGAGGCCAUGCAGAUGGUGCCUGUUCCUUCCAACACCUUUGGGAGCUUCUACGAUGGAGACUGCUACGUGGUCCUGGCAACCCACAAGACAGGCAACAACCUGUCCUAUGACAUCCACUUCUGGAUCGGCCAGGCCUCAUCCCAGGACGAGCAGGGGGCGGCGGCCAUCUACACCACACAGAUAGAUGACUACCUGAAGGGCAAGGCUGUCCAGCACCGCGAGGUCCAGGGCAAUGAGAGUGAGACCUUCCGAAGCUACUUCAAGCAGGGCCUUGUCAUCCAGAAAGGGGGCGUGGCUUCCGGCCUGAAGCAGGUGGAGACCAACUCCUACGAUGUCCGUCGGCUGCUACAUGUCAAGGGCAAGAGGAACGUGGUGGCCGGAGAGGUGGAGAUGUCCUGGAAGAGUUUCAACCGCGGGGAUGUUUUCCUGCUGGAUCUGGGGAAGCUCAUCAUCCAGUGGAAUGGGCCAGAGAGCAACCGCAUGGAGAGACUCAGGGGCAUGACUCUGGCCAAGGAGAUCCGAGACCAGGAGAGGGGUGGGCGAACCUACGUGGGUGUGGUAGAUGGGGAGGAUGAGGCCGCGUCCCCUCAGCUGAUGGAGAUUAUGAAUCACGUGCUGGGCCAGCGCCGGGAGCUGAAGGCUGCUGUGCCCGAUUCGGUGGUGGAGCCAGCACUCAAGGCUGCCCUCAAGUUGUACCAUAUGUCUGACGCGGAGGGGAAGAUGGUGGUUAGGGAGAUUGCCACGCGGCCGCUCACACAGGACCUUCUCAAUCAUGAGGAUUGUUAUAUCCUGGACCAAGCAGGCCUGAAGAUCUUUGUGUGGAGGGGGAAGAAUGCCAACGCCCAGGAGAGGAAGGAGGCCAUGAACCAGGCACUGAACUUCAUCAAAGCCAAGCAGUACCCAGCAAGCACACAGGUGGAGGUGCAGAAUGACGGGGCCGAGUCAGCCAUCUUCCAGCAGCUCUUCCAGAAGUGGACGUUGCCCAACCAGACCUCGGGCCUGGGCAAAACCCACACUGUGGGCUCUGUGGCUAAGGUGGAACAGGUGAAGUUUGAUGCCACCUCCAUGCACGUCCAGCCUCAGGUGGCCGCCCAGCAGAAGAUGGUGGAUGACGGGAGUGGGGAGGUGCAGGUGUGGCGCAUUGAGAAUCUGGAGCUGGUGCCUGUGGAGUCCAGGUGGCUGGGCCAUUUCUUCGGGGGCGACUGCUACCUGCUGCUCUACACCUACCUGAUUGGCGAGAAGCAGCACUACCUGCUCUACAUCUGGCAGGGCAACCAGGCCAGCCAGGAUGAGAUUGCAGCCUCGGCCUAUCAGGCUGUCAUCCUGGACCAGAAGUACAAUGACGAACCAGUUCAGAUCCGGGUCACCAUGGGCAAGGAGCCACCUCACCUCAUGUCUAUCUUCAAGGGACGCAUGGUGGUCUACCAGGGAGGCAGCUCCCGGGACAGCAACAACCUGGAGCCUGCGCCUUCCACACGGCUGUUCCAGGUCCGGGGAACAAGCGACAACAACACCAAAGCCUUCGAAGUGCCAGCCCGGGCUGCAUCUCUCAACUCCAAUGAUGUCUUCAUCCUCAAGACCCCAUCCUGCUGCUACCUGUGGUGUGGGAAGGGCUGUAGCGGGGAUGAACGGGAGAUGGCCAAGACAGUUGCUGAUACCAUCGCGCGGACGGAGAAGCAGGUGGUAGUGGAAGGGCAGGAGCCAGCCAACUUCUGGAUGGCCCUGGGCGGGAAGGCCCCCUAUGCCAACUCCAAGAGGCUGCAGGAGGAAAACCUGGCCAUUGCCCCGCGGCUUUUUGAAUGCUCCAACCAAACCGGGCGCUUCUUGGCCACGGAGAUCCCCGAUUUCACCCAGGACGACCUUGAAGAGGAUGACGUGUUCCUGCUGGAUGUCUGGGACCAGGUCUUCUUCUGGAUAGGGAAGCAUGCCAACGAGGAGGAAAAGAAGGCAGCUGCCACCACCGUGCAGGAGUACCUCAAGACCCACCCCAGCGGCCGUGACCUGGGCACCCCCAUCAUCGUGGUGAAGCAGGGCAAUGAGCCGCCCACAUUCACGGGCUGGUUCCUGGCCUGGGAUCCCUUCAAAUGGAGUAAUACCAAAUCCUAUGAGGAACUGAAGACAGAGCUUGGGCAGUCUGGUGACUGGAGCCAGAUUACUGCAGAGGUCACAAACCCACAAGUGGAAAUGUUUACCGCCACCACCAGCUUUAGUUCUGGACCUCUGCCCAUCUUCCCGCUGGAACAGCUGGUGAACAAGCCUGUGGAAGAGCUCCCCGAAGGGGUGGACCCCAGCAGGAAGGAGGAGCACCUGUCUGUGGAAGACUUCACUAGAGCCUUUGGGAUGUCUCCAGUUGCCUUCUCGGCCCUGCCUCGAUGGAAGCAACAAAACCUCAAGAAAGAAAGAGGACUGUUUUGAGCAGCAGGAGGAACUGUGGUUGUAAAGCAAGCCUACCCACACUCCCAACACUGUCAGCACUUCCCUGUUUUUAUUACUGCAAUCAGUCCUUUGCUGGUUAAUGAAGUUUGAAGUU